CGGAUGUGUUUUACUUGGCGAGCGUGUUGCUUGAUGGCGGUGUGUAGCUUGGAAACUCAUUCAUUAUAAAAAUAAGUAAAUAGUACUAAUCGUUUUUAAAUAUUACCGGUAUUUGAGUAUUUUCACAAUCAUGAUCGAACCAAAGAAGCGCGCCGCGGAGAUGGCAGUUGUUCCGACCGCUGUGAAGAGACCCCGGACCGAGCUCGUAGCCGCAGCGCAGUCCCAGCAGCUUUCAGCUAUGGGUCCUCCACGAAGCUCCAGUCUGCAGGCUCCUAUAAUGCUGCUGUCUGGCCACGAAGGAGAAGUUUACUGCUCCAAGUUUCAUCCCAAUGGAGCUACAUUAGCAUCAUCAGGAUAUGACCGCCUUAUCUUGAUGUGGAAUGUUUAUGGAGACUGUGAGAAUUAUGCUACACUUAAAGGCCACAGUGGAGCUGUGAUGGAGCUACAUUAUAACACAGAUGGAAGUCUGCUCUUUUCAGCUAGUACGGACAAGACGGUGUGUGUGUGGGACAGUGAAACAGGGGAGCGUGUGAAGCGUCUGAAAGGUCACACGUCCUUUGUGAACUCUUGUUUUCCGGCUCGCCGUGGACCACAGCUGGCCUGCACAGGCAGUGAUGAUGGAACUGUGAAGCUGUGGGACAUCAGGAAGAAGGCCUCUGUCCACACAUUUCAGAACACCUAUCAAGUUCUCAGUGUGACAUUCAACGACACCAGUGACCAGAUCAUCUCAGGAGGCAUUGACAAUGACAUAAAGGUGUGGGACCUGAGGCAAAACAAACUGAUUUACACUAUGCAGGGUCAUGGAGACUCUGUAACAGGUCUCAGUCUCAGCUUAGAUGGGUCUUACCUGCUGUCAAAUUCAAUGGAUAACAGUGUGCGUGUCUGGGAUAUUCGUCCAUUUGCACCAAAGGAUAGGUUUGUGAAGAUCUUUCAGGGAAAUGUCCAUAAUUUUGAAAAGAAUCUUCUCAGAUGCUCAUGGUCUCCUGAUGGAAGUAAGAUCGCUGCAGGUUCUGCUGACAGGUUUGUGUACAUUUGGGACACAACGUCCCGUAGGAUCCUUUAUAAACUCCCUGGACAUGCUGGAUCUGUCAACGAGGUGUCAUUCCAUCCAGAAGAACCUAUUGUCCUCUCUGGAUCCAGUGAUAAGCGUCUCUACCUUGGAGAGAUUCAAUAACUUUUUGAGUGUGUGUGACGUGUGUGUUUGUAUGAGUGUGAAUGUGAGAGUGAGAAAAGAUUGGGAAAUUUGAUUUACAUUUGACAGUUCAGUUGAAAAAAAAACUGUUGAUGAUCAGUUAGCGAAAAAUGUUGGAUUUGCUUUUCUAUGCUUUUAAUAAACAUGUUUUCAGAAGUA